AAACUUUUCCAAAUAGCAAACAAGGACCUCUCUCAAAACACCUAUAAAAAACUUCGUAUUUUUCAUUGUUCAUCAUCAAAACAACACCAAUUGUGUUAUAUCUCCUUUUUAUUUUUCGUUAUUCUCAACAUGACUGUUUGCAUCGACCAACCUCAAUCAGAUUCCGAGGUGGUGGAAAAUAAGAACUAUAGUAACAAUAAUAAUAAUAAUAAUAAUACACAUGAAUUGGUAUUAGAUGGAGGGUUUGUAGUGCCUGAUAAUGUGGCUAGUGGUGGUUUUGAUGCCCCAGAAAUAAAUGCAUUUGGUCACACAUUUAGAGACUAUGACGUCGAGAGUGAAAGACAGAAGCAGGUGGAAGAAUUCUAUAGGAUGAAUCACAUUAACCAAACAUAUGAAUUUGUGAAGAAAAUGAGAGAAGAGUAUAAGAAAUUGGAUAAGCUUGAAAUGAGUAUAUGGGAAUGUUGUGAAUUAUUGAAUGAAGUCGUAGACGAUAGUGAUCCUGAUUUGGAUGAACCACAAAUCGAGCAUUUGUUACAGACAGCUGAAGCCAUAAGGAAAGAUUAUCCAAAUGAAGAUUGGCUUCAUUUGACUGCCCUUAUUCAUGACCUUGGAAAAGUUCUACUCCUGCCAAGAUUUGGAGAGCUACCACAGUGGGCAGUUGUGGGUGACACACACCCUCUUGGUUGUGCUUUUGACGAAUCAAUUGUUCAUCAUAAGUAUUUCAAGGAAAACCCUGAUGUUAAGAAUCAUGUUUAUCAAACUAAGAAUGGGAUUUAUUCGGAAGGAUGUGGGCUUGAAAAUGUGAUGAUUUCAUGGGGCCAUGAUGAUUAUAUGUACUUGGUGGCAAAGGAAAAUGGGACUACUUUGCCUCAAGCUGGAUUAUUUAUCAUUCGUUACCAUUCUUUCUAUCCAAUGCAUCGUUCUGGUGCUUAUAAGCAUUUGAUGAAUGAGGAAGAUGUUGAGAACUUGAAAUGGCUUCAAAUCUUCAAUAAGUAUGAUCUUUACAGUAAAAGUAAAGUCCGUGUUGAUGUUGAAAAGGUGAAGCCUUACUACCAAUCACUCAUUCAAAAGUAUUUCCCAGAAAAGCUAAGAUGGUGAAGCAAGUUUCUACAAGAUUGAUAAGAGAAAAAUUGAUGAUAUAUUGAGGGAACAUUGUUGUACUACUGCAAUUUGUAGUGUUGCUAUCUAUUUGAUAAGAGAGUUGGGAAAAAGGAAGUUUGUUCAUACGUUUUCGUUUUUAUCCAUUGAAAGAUUUCUUUUCAAAUUAAUUGAAUCUGUUAUCUGUGUAAUAAUUUUUCAUGUUUGCUUCGAUAAAUUUAUAACAAUACCAGACAAACAAGCUUGUUAACGUUUCGAAUACGCUAAAAUUACAUAUGGGACAUUGUUGCUA